CGCGGACCGUCUCUGGGAGUGCUGAGUCGAAUAUCCUCUGAGCGUCUGGACCGAGAGAGACCGGCUGCCGUGUUUCACCUGAGUCGCGGAGAAAACAUCACACUUCGAGUUGGGACGCUCUCGAUCACUCCAAGUGGCGACCGAAACGUCAGGUUUUGGUCGGAAACCUGCGUGGACCAAGAACUGCGUAGCUCAGAUUUCACAGUAGUGAAAAUCCAAGACCCACGAUGGACCCGAGAGAUACUGCCCCUGAUUCCUGGGAACAAGAGGACGAUGUGGAGGCCACGAUCGACGGACAACUUGAACCAGCAUUCACGAGCCUAAACGUGAACGCUAAGCCGUUUGUGCCCAACGUAAACGCCGCCGAAUUUGUUCCGGCUUUUGCCAUAAAGGCACACUCGGAAAAUCUCGAUGCUGCUGUUGCUGUUGAAAAAAUAUCUACCAUGGAGGUGUCAGACAGCACUGUUCCUCUGGAGAACGGUGACACAGAGAUGACCACAGAGGAGCCAUGGGACCAGAAAGAGGCUGAACCAAGUGAGGAAGAGCCAGGAGGCGGGUCCUGUGGGGACCGGGGACCAGCGGUGGCUGCAGCUGUGGAGGAGACGGCCUCUGAGAUGAUGGAGGAGGAAGAAGAAAUGCCAGUGCCCAAAGUUCCACCUGUACAACCGGACGCCCCCAAAAAGGAACACAUUAACGUCGUGUUCAUCGGGCACGUAGAUGCUGGGAAGUCCACUAUUGGUGGACAAAUCAUGUACCUAACAGGAAUGGUAGACAAGAGGACCUUAGAAAAGUACGAGAGAGAAGCCAAGGAGAAGAACCGAGAAACCUGGUAUCUGUCCUGGGCUUUGGACACCAACCAAGAGGAGAGGGACAAAGGCAAGACGGUAGAGGUGGGCCGGGCAUACUUCGAGACAGACAAAAAGCACUUUACCAUCCUAGAUGCUCCAGGUCACAAAAGCUUUGUGCCCAACAUGAUUGGAGGUGCAUCACAAGCAGACUUGGCUGUCCUGGUGAUCUCUGCCAGGAAAGGCGAGUUUGAAACUGGCUUUGAGAAGGGUGGACAGACGCGUGAGCAUGCCAUGUUGGCCAAAACAGCCGGUGUCAAGCACCUGAUAGUUCUGGUGAAUAAAAUGGAUGAUCCUACAGUCAACUGGAGCCUGGAAAGGUAUGAAGAGUGUAAAGAGAAACUGGUGCCAUUUUUGAAGAAGGUGGGCUUCAACCCGAAGAAAGACAUUCACUUCAUGCCGUGUUCCGGGCUGACAGGAGCCAACCUGAAGGAGCCCACUGACAUGUGCUCUUGGUAUACAGGUCUACCUUUCAUUCCACACUUGGACAGUUUGCCAAAUUUCAACAGAUCAAGUGAUGGCCCUGUCAGAUUGCCCAUCGUAGACAAAUACAAGGACAUGGGAACUGUGGUUCUGGGCAAACUGGAGUCGGGCUCUAUCAGUAAAGCACAGCAGCUGGUCAUGAUGCCAAACAGGCAUGUGGUGGAGGUGUUGAGUCUUCUCUCAGACGAUGUUGAGACGGAUGAUGCUGGGCCCGGUGAAAACCUCAAACUGCGACUGAAGGGCAUUGAGGAGGAAGAGAUCUUACCAGGCUUCAUCCUGUGUAAUGCUGAAAACCUCUGUCAUUCAGGACGUACUUUUGACGCCCAGAUUGUCAUCAUUGAACACAAGUCCAUCAUCUGUCCAGGUUAUAACGCAGUCCUUCACAUUCACACCUGCAUCGAAGAAGUCCAAAUUACAGCCUUAAUCUGUCUUGUAGACAAGAAAACAGGAGAGAAGAGUAAGACACGACCACGAUUUGUCAAACAGGACCAGGUCUGCAUCGCCCGUCUGCGCACAGCAGGAACCAUUUGCCUCGAGACCUUUAAAGAUUUUCCUCAGAUGGGACGGUUUACUUUACGGGACGAAGGUAAGACCAUCGCCAUCGGCAAGGUGCUGAAGCUGGUCGCCGAGCGGGACUGAAGAGGACGGAACUCUCUGGGAGUCCUGGUGAGAAGGAGCAGGCGGAGCUUCUUGGUCAUAACCCGCCCACACUGUUAUUAGCGGCGACGGCACCUCCCUGUCACGCCCCUCUUCUGUGUGCCGAAGAUCAGCUUCAGAAAAUAAAAACAAAAAAACUCAUGUGAAAAAGAAAACCUGUUUUUAAGCAAAUGACAAACCAAGAUGAUGUCCACACGAGUCAGCUUUCUCAUAUUGAGAGCUCAGCUAUGCCAUUCUGGGUUAGCCCUCCCUCCACCUGCCCCCACCUCCUUACUAUGGUCGACUCAUCAUUACAUGAUUUUUAUUUUUAUUUCUUUUUCAAGUAAUUUUUGUUUCCUUGCUUACAUAAAUGACAAUGACAAAAGGCAGAAGUUAUAUCUGUAAACAGAUGUGGACCAGGAUUUUUUGCUUGGAGUAUAAAAAUGAUUUUCAGAAGUAACUUGCAAAAGAAACUGUUUGAAAGAACUUAACCAGUUGAAACCAAAUGUUUAUCUUGGGUGUACAUGUUUCCCUUUGCUUUUACCCAGUUUUUUGGUUUCUCAUGUGGCGUUCUGGCAGCGUGCUUGAACGUGUUCAAAUGUUAUUAAAUCAGACAACUAUGACAAUAAAAUAAUAAAUUGGGGAAAACCAA